AUGGUCAAUGACUUGACUGCACAGGUGGCAUGCUUGAAGGAACAAGUUGUUGGGCUGCAGGCAACAGUUGUCUUGCAAGGAUUGUACUGUGAUCGAGUUCAGCAGCACCUAGAAACCCAGGUAAAAAAAAUGGAGAAAGAUAAUAUUAGGCUUAAUGGCAAUGGGAUGCCAUGGCUACUCACAGGCAACAAAAUUUUUGAAGAGGUGUUGCAACACCAAGCACAGCAGGAAGCAAAAGUUGCUGCCAAGAAACAGCAAUGCCAGGCAUGA